CUUUUCACUAUAACAUACGAUGGUUACUGUGAAAGCCCAAGCCCACUACAAAAUGGCAAAAGGGAGAGAAAAAUUACUGUACUGACCUUGAAAUAUUUGGAAGAUGAUGGAUAUCUAUGUUCAAGUGUUUGGAGCAGAAAGAGAAAAGGAGUUGAGGAUUGGGUAAAAUAUAAUAUAAGAAUGGCAACCCCUCUGCAACUCUCUCCUCCUGCCUUCCUCAUUAAUAACACAAAUUUCAAUAGAUUUUCCACUUUUACUAUUCAAUCUACCAAAUCCAGCUCUAGAAACCCCACCUUCAACCCCAUCAGAGCUACUAAGGACAAAACCUCAUCAUCUGCAGAUGAAGUUACCAAUAAAUAUGGUCUCGAAGCUGGUCUUUGGAAGAUAUUCAGCUCAACAGAGGAAGACGGCGAGACAAAGAAAUCAAAGGGAGAGCAAGCCAAAGAGCUGCUGGCUAAAUAUGGAGGGGCAUACCUCGCCACAUCCAUUACUUUAUCAUUAAUCUCUUUCUCUCUCUGUUAUGCACUUGUUACUGCUGGAGUCGAUGUCCAAGCCUUGCUGCUCAAGGUGGGAAUUUCAACGGAUGCUACUGGGGAGAAACUUGGCACCUUUGCUCUCGCCUAUGCCGCACAUAAGGCUGCAUCUCCAAUUAGGUUUCCUCCUACUGUUGCUCUUACUCCUAUUGUUGCCGGUUGGAUCGGAAAGAAAGUUGAUCAAGACAAACAAGCUCCCUGACUUCGAAUCACAUUUACAUCUAUGUACAAUAUUUGUUAAGAUACCAGGAAAUCGUUUUUUAUUUUUUCGACAAAAAGAAAGCAAUUCUGUAGAAGAAUAAGUUAAACUUUUGUUCCUCUAUUUAAAUUAGACUCUACUAUUUGCUAUCUC